AUGAGUGCAGUGGAGGCCCUCCUGCGGAUGCCUCUUCAGCUGCUUGUGGUGGGGCAGCGCAUGCUGGAGCGGCUGGGCAACGAAGGCGCCGCUCGCUGGAGCGCGCGCGCCGCCUCCUUGGAGAGGUUGAACUUUGCGACCGCCCAGCGUUUGGAGCUGCUUUAUUUCAAUCCGUUCCUCCAGGCUUUCCAGCCCGGAGAUCUGGCGCUACAACGGGAAGUGGCUUUGGAGGCUGGAGCCCUGGGCAGCGGAGAGCUCGAAGGGAUCCUGGCUUCCCUGGCGCUGCCUGUGGCGCUGCUGGCGCCCAUCCUACUGGCAGAGCUCCAGGCUUGGCGUCCCGGCGCUCCACUGCUACUCAUCUCCCUGAUACAUUUGCUCAGGGCGGAGGUUGUGAUUCCCUGGGUGUUCCAGGCACCGCCAGCGCCUGGCAGAGAACAACCGCACGAAGCGCUGCGAGAGGGU